CUUUCUCUCUCUUUCACAUUUUCUGUCUCUAGUCUAUCUAUCUUUUAUCUUUCUCUCGUGACUACAGCACUACAGUUCACUUCAUUCUCUCCUUCCUUCUUCAAUGGACUCUCAUCAUUGAACUUCGAUUCAGAUCAACGUUCUUUUCUCGAUCUCAUGUUUAUGUAUGUCCGCCAUUAUUAAUCCUUAUCAGACUCUUUAAUUUAUAUAUAUACAUAAUGGGUUUCCGUUCCAUGCUCCUCCUCGUAUUUCUGUCGGUUCUAAGUGUAACCUCCGGCGCCGGCGGCGCCGAAUCGCUGCAGCUGAACGAUGAUGUUUUGGGGCUCAUCGUCUUCAAAUCCGGCGUCCAAGACCCGGCUUCUCACCUCGCCACGUGGAGCGAAGACGACGACUCUCCGUGUGCAUGGAACUUCGUCAAAUGCCACCCCGCCAACGGCCGAGUCUCCGAGGUGGACCUCCAUGGAUUGGGCUUGUCGGGGAAGAUCGGCCGGGGGCUCGAGAAGUUGGAGCAUCUCAACGUUCUUUCAUUGGCGUCCAACAACUUCAGCGGCGUCAUUUCGCCGCAGUUGGGUCUCUUGACCAAUCUCCAAACGCUGAAUCUUAGUAAGAACAGUAUCUCCGGUACCGUCCCGGAUUCUCUGGGGAACAUGAGUUCUCUCCAGUUCCUCGAUCUCUCCGGGAAUUCGCUGUCGGGGCCUGUGUCGGAUUCCAUGUUGGAGAAUUUGGGUUCCCUUCGGUUCCUGUCUUUGGCGGGGAGUUCCUUUGAAGGUCCGAUUCCUAGUAGCCUCUCCAAAUGCACGCUUUUGAACCACCUUAACCUUUCCAACAACCGUUUCUCCGGCGACCCGAGGUUUUCCGGCGGGAUUUGGGGGUUGACGAGGCUGAGAACGUUAGACGUUUCAAACAAUGAGCUUUCUGGGUCACUCCCCAUUGGCGCCUCAUUCCUACACAACCUAAAAGAGCUUUCUCUAGGAAGCAAUCAUUUCUCCGGCGAGAUUCCAGUUGAUUUAGGAUUGUGUCCACAUCUCAGCAGGCUAGAUUUGAGUGAAAAUCUCUUCACCGGAACAAUCCCGGAGUCCCUUCAAAGGCUAAAUUCUCUCUGGUUUCUAAACCUCUCCAACAAUCUCCUUGAUGGGGAUUUUCCUCAAUGGAUAGGGAGCUUGUCCAGCUUGGAAUACAUUGAUCUGUCUGGGAACAGUUUGAAAGGGUCACUCCCUGAAACAUUGGGAGGGUUGAAGGUUUUGAAACAUUUGAGGUUGAAUGAUAAUAAGUUGACAGGCAAGAUUCCAGAGGGGGUGUUUGGGAUUGGAUUGGAAGAAGUGGAUUUGUCAAGAAACUGGUUGAGUGGUUCCAUUCCACCUGGUUCUGGGAAGAUGGUUGAGUCUCUGGAGGUGAUGGACCUGUCAGGGAACAAUCUGAGUGGAGAUAUUCCACCACAAAUGGGGCUCUUCUCCAGGCUCAGAUACUUGAAUCUUUCUUGGAAUAACUUUCACUCAAGAUUGCCCCCUGAGGUGGUGUAUUCCCAGAAUCUUACUGUGUUGGAUCUUAGGAAUAGUGCGUUAAUUGGGGAGAUUCCAGAGGAUAUAUGUGAAUCUGGCAGCCUGGGAAUUCUGCAGCUUGAUGGGAAUUCAUUGACUGGCACUAUUCCUCCUCAGAUUGGAAAUUGCUCCUCUCUCACCUUGCUGAGCUUAUCACACAAUAAUUUAAGUGGCACCAUACCUGAGACCCUUUCAAUGCUGAAAAGGCUGAAGAUUCUGAAGCUAGAGGUUAACCAACUGAGUGGAGAAAUACCCCAACAGCUGGGCAAACUGGAAAACCUUCUGGCAGUGAAUGUAUCCUACAACAGGCUCACAGGCCGGCUUCCGGCUGGGAGUAUAUUCCAGAAUCUAGACUCCAGUGCAAUAGAGGGGAAUGAUGGGAUUUGUUCCCCCUUAUUGACAGGACCCUGCAAAAUGAAUGCCCCAAAACCUAUAGUCAUCAACCCCUUUGUUUAUGGAAACCAGACUGACAAUAAUAAUGGGGGGGAUAAUAAUGAGCCUCUGGCAAGUACCAGGAACUCAAGGCACCAUAGAUUCCUCAGUGUUUCAGCCAUAGUUGCAAUCUCAGCUGCAGCCAUCAUUGCAGUUGGUGUGAUGGUGAUAACCAUGGUGAAUGCCUCGGUUAGGAGGCGGAUUUCGUUCGUGGAAAACGCGUUGGAGAGCAUGUGCUCCUCCACCUCUUCAAGGUCCCAAGGCAUGGCUACUGGGAAGCUGAUCCUAUUCGACACGAAAUCGUCCCCGGAUUGGGCGAGCAGCACCUUCGAAUCGGUGCUGAACAAGGCAUCAGAAAUCGGGGAAGGCGUUUUCGGGACCGUUUACAAGGCUCCACUGGGAGGUGAAGGCAGCAGAGUGGUGGCAAUAAAGAAGCUCACAAGCUCAAAGAUUUUGCAGUACCCGGAGGACUUUGAUCGCGAGGUUCGAGUUCUGGGGAAAGCCAGGCACCAGAAUUUGGUCCCCUUGAGAGGCUAUUACUGGACUCCUCAGCUCCAGCUUUUAGUUUCAGAUUUUGUGCCAUUAGGGAACUUGGAAUCAAAGCUCCAUGAAAUGGCAAUGGCAAUGGCAACUCCUCCAUUAACAUGGGCAGUUAGGUUCAAGAUUAUAUUGGGAACUGCAAAGGGGCUAGCACAUUUGCACCAUUCUUGCCAGCCCCCAAUCAUACACUACAACAUCAAGCCCAGCAAUAUUCUCCUGGACGAAAACCUGAACCCGAAAAUCUCAGACUUCGGGCUGGCAAGGCUGGUGGCAAAGCUGGACAGGCACGUGAUGAGCAACCGGUUCCAGGCGGCGAUAGGGUACGUGGCGCCCGAGCUGGCGUGCCAGAGCCUGAGAGUGAACGAGAAGUGCGACGUGUAUGGGUUCGGGAUGCUGAUACUGGAGAUUGUGACGGGGAGGAGGCCGGUGGAGUAUGGGGAGGACAAUGUUUUGAUCCUGAAUGAUCAUGUGAGGGUGUUGCUUGAGCAAGGGAAUGUGUUGGAGUGUGUGGAUCAGGGGAUGGGUGGGUACCCUGAUGAGGAAGUGUUGCCUGUUUUGAAGCUGGCUUUGGUGUGUACUUCCCAGAUACCUUCGAGCAGGCCUUCCAUGGCGGAAGUGGUGCAGAUCUUGCAGGUUAUCAAGACUCCUGUUCCAAACAGAAUGGAACCAUACUGAGCCUCAGCCUCUGGACUGGAGUCUGGAAAUAUUCUUGAAUUCACUUAAGCUUAGCUAGCAUAUAUUUUUCCGACAUCCCAGUCUUUGUUCUUUUAUUCUCUUGGUUUGGACGUUAUAAUAUAAUAUAAUUGCUUUGGUAAUUGUAUCAUCACUCGUUCCGCUUGCUUACUUUGUAACAUUUAGAAUCACCAAUAUGUUUCUCCCCACACAA